CCUGCUCCAGUCUAGUCUGGGAACGUCGAAAUAGAGGGAGAAAGACUAAACAGGUGGUCAGAAAUACAAGCGAACAAUGUCGUCCCUGGAGAUAAGGUGAAAGAUCGUUCGGUCUCAUCUCUUUAAGGAUACAAAAACCACAGAAACUUCAUGUUUCGGCUGACUUUCAAAGGGAGAAUUUAUCGUCGGUUUACCUCCGAAUCUGGGCAAAAUAUAUCGGAUAUUAAACUAUGAAAGUGACGGUGUGUUUUGGAAGGACUAGGGUGGUGGUACCAUGCGGAGAUGGAAAUAUCAAAGUCCAUACUCUCAUCCAGCAAGCCGUCAUGAGAUACAAAAAAGCCAUUGCAAAGGAUGCCAGCUACUGGUUACAGGUGCACCGGUUGGAGCAUGGAGACGGAGGCAUUCUAGACCUCGAUGACUUGCUGUCUGAUGUGGCUGAUGACAAAGACCGGCUGGUGGCUGUGUAUGAUGAACAGGACCCUCACCAUGGUGGCGACGGCACCAGCACCAGCUCCACGGGAACCCAGAGCCCCGACCUGUUCGCCACCGAGCUCAACUCCAGCAACAUGUCCGCUUUCCAGCCCUACCAGGCCGCCAGCGAGAUAGAGGUCACUCCGUCCGCCCUUCGAUCCAAUAUGCCCCUACAUGUGCGUCGCAGCAGUGACCCGGCCCUGGCAACGAUCAAUGGGCCAUUCAGCGACCCCCGCGUGACCCUGCCGCCGGAGAAACCGUCCAGGAAGAACCCCACCCGCUGGUCCACCACGGCUGGCUUCCUCAAACCACGGCGCUCUGUAGGAGGCACCGGCACUGGCACCAAUAGCCUGGAGAGAAAGGGUAAUGGUCCGGACACGUACCGUAGUCUUCCCCGGGAUGCAGGCACCUGCGCCAACCAGAGAGAGUUCCAGAGAGAGACGGCCCGUUCCUCCCUGAGCGCCAACCACCCCAUGGUAGACCACUGGCUGGAGAGACGGGAGCAGGAUGAGGAGGAGGAGAACAAUAGGAUCGAGCCGAUUGGCCGAGCUGAUUCCUGUAUGGACCACACCCCUCUGAGGUCCCUAGAUGACAUUGUAAAGCUGGUAGAAGUCUCCAAUGAUGGCGGGCCCUUGGGGAUCCAUGUAGUACCUUUCAGUGCCCGGGACCGCAGGACUCUAGGCCUGUUGGUCAAGCGCCUGGAGAGGGGAGGCAAGGCGCAGGAGCAGGGUCUGUUCCAGGAGAACGACUGCAUCGUGCGCAUUAAUAAUGGAGACCUGCGGAACAUCCAUUUUGAACAAGCCCAGAACAUGUUCCGCCAGGCCAUGCGUUCCCCGGUCAUCAUGUUCCACGUGGUUCCCAACCUGAUGAAGGCCCAGUAUGAGCAGCUGUCACACAGCGAGAGGAACCCCAACGUGGCCUACUCUGGACGUUUCAGCCCCGACUCGCUAGCUAGCGAGAGAGGCAGCACCACCUCAGGCCUGGACCACACCCCACAGUCCCGUGGUCCCCAUCCCCACCAUCACCCGGAGCAGGGCGACGCCUACACCCCUAUACCCCACCCCCAUGGGGGCUCCAUGGGCAAGCCCCCAUCCGGCCACGCCCCCUCCCCUCACAGGGUGUUAAACUCAACCCCCACGGCGGGAUUCACCAAAAAGGUUGGCAGGAGACUCAACAUCCAGCUCAAGAAAGGUCCAGAGGGUCUGGGUUUCAGCAUCACUUCGCGCGACGUCCCCAUCGGCGGCUCGGCGCCCAUCUACGUGAAGAACAUCCUGCCCCGAGGCGCUGCCAUCCAGGACGGACGCCUCAAAGCUGGAGACAGGCUGCUGGAGGUGAAUGGAGUGGACUUGGUUGGUCGGACCCAGGAGGAAGUGGUCGCUCUGCUGAGGGCCACGCCUAUGGGAGGAGCUGUGGGGCUGGUGGUGCUACGACAGGAGGAGACCUUCCUGAAUGCAGAGCCCCAGAUGCAGAGCCCCAGAGAUUUGCGUCGCUCGGUGAGGGAGGCCCUGUCGGCCACGGAGCCCCACUGGCUGACUGAGAAGGUUGAGGAGGAUGACCUGGUGUUGACCCCUGAUGGUACCAGGGAGUUCCUGACCUUUGAGAUCCCUCUGAGUGACUCGGGGUCGGCAGGGUUAGGGGUCAGCGUCAAGGGCAACCGCUCCAAGGAGAACCACGCUGACCUAGGCAUCUUCGUCAAGUCCAUAAUCAACGGAGGAGCUGCCUGCAAGGAUAGACGGCUGCGGGUCAACGACCAGCUGAUAGCGGUGAACGGGGAGUCAUUGAUAGGCAAGACCAACCAGGAGGCCAUGGAGACGCUAAGGACGUCUAUGUCGGUAGAGGGCAACAAACGCGGGACGAUUCAGCUGAUUGUGGCCAGGAGGGUCACCAAACGCAGUGAGCUGGAGGCCCCAGGGAGCCCCCUGGGACCGGAGCAGGCCCUCCUGAACUCCUCCCUGCUGGAAGACCGGGAGCGUCGUAUCUCCCACUCCCUGUACGGAGGCAUAGAGGGCCUGGACGACAACCUGAUGCCACAGCAGGCUCUGAUGGACAGGAUGAUGGGUAACUACCAGCUCUCCCCUACGGUCAACAUGCCCCAGGACGACACUGUCAUCAUCGAAGACGAUCGGCCACCUGUACUUCCUGCCCACCUCUCUGACCAAUCGUCUUCCAGUUCCCAUGACGACAUGGGGUUCCAUGUGGAGGUCCCUCCAACUUGGGCCAAAGAAAUUCCAAUUCAGAAUGAGAGCACCCUGAGCCCUGAUGACACCGACCCAGACGGAGCCUUUCAGAGGGAGGGCUUCGGCAGACAGAGCAUGUCAGAGAAACGGACAAAGCAGUUUGGAGAUGCCAGUCAGCUGGAGAUCAUCAAGACACGCAAGUCCAAGAGCAUGGAUCUAGUAGCCGACGAGAUUAACCUCACCCCUCGCAAAGAGAACACACCAGGGUCUUCCACCAGGGACGUGGGUCCCUCCCUAGGCCUCAAGAAGUCCAGCUCUCUGGAGAGUUUACAGACCGCCGUUGCCGAGGUGACGCUCAACGGUGACAUGCCCUUCCACAGGCCACGCCCACGCAUAAUCAGGGGGCGUGGCUGUAACGAGAGCUUCCGGGCCGCUAUUGACAAGUCUUACGACAGGCCAGCAGCCACCGAGGAGGACGACGAGGGCAUGGAGACAUUGGAGGAGGACACAGAGGAGAGCUCUCGGUCCGGGCGCGACUCUGUGUCCACUGUGGCAGAUCUGACCCCACUGCCCAACACAGAGAGAUCGCUGGUCAACGGCAACCGCACCAAUGAAGACAAGAAGAAGGACAAGGGAGGGAAAGACAAAAAGAAGCCAGACCGGGACAAAGAGAAGGACAGCAAGAACAAGGCUAAGAAAGGCAUGCUGAAAGGACUGGGAGACAUGUUCAGGUUUGGAAAACACCGCAAGGACGGAGAGAAACUAGAGCGUAAAGGGAGGCUGGAGGAGCUGCAGGCCUCAGAAGAAGAGACACUGAGGAUGAAACUAGAACAGGAGAGGAUCCAGGCUAAGACCCGGGAGCUGCGGGAGCGCCAGGCACGGGAGAGGGACUACGCUGAGAUCUUGGAUGUCAACCUGAGCCGAGACGACGAGCACCCCUACGCAGGCAUCGGGCCCCUGGACACGUCCCUGGACAGCGGGCACAGCCGGCCCCAGAGCCCCCGAGACAACCACCACCAAGACUCCUCCAUGUACACACAAGUCGGCAAAACCCGCAAUGCAAAUGGACGCCCUCCCUCCGCCGACAGCAACAGACUAGCGCCUAGCAACCACGACCGGAUACAGCGGCUGAGGCACGAGUUCCAGCAGGCCAGGGGGGACGACGACCCUGACGACCGGAGACGCACCUACAGCUUCGAGCAGCCCUGGCCCAACAACACCAACACAGGCCCAAGCCCGUACCAGACAGACGGACAACAGACAGGCCGACACUCUGUGUCUGUAGAGGUGCAGAGACAGAGACAGAGGCAGGAGGAGAGAGACGCCUUCCAACAGGCGCAGAGACAGUACAGCUCCCUGCCACGGCAACCCAGGAAGAACCCCAGCUCCAUCUCUCAGGACUCCUGGGACAAGGUCUACCCGCCGGGUGAUGGCUUCCAGACGGCCAAGGAGAACCCUCGCUACUCUAGCUACAAGGGCUCCAGAAACGGCUACCCGGGGAUGAGCGGCGUGAAUGCCCGCGUCCUCCUGGAAGCCCAGGAGCUGCUGAGGCAGGAGCAGAGACGCAGAGAGCAGGAGGCCAAAGGGAAGCAGCUACUCCUAGCGCCCCCGCAGGAGCACCCAGGGAACAAAACCUAUGACGGGUACUCGGCUCACAAGGACCCUGUGUCGCCUAAGGGCCCCUAUAGACAGGACGUACCCCCCUCGCCCUCCCAGCUGGCCAGGCUCAACAAGCUGCAGGGGCCCGAGAAGGGAAGGCCCUUCUACUCCUGAGGGAACAGAGGAAAGGGGAAGGUAUAGGGGAAGGGACAGGGCUUCCAAGAGGAGGCCACAAUUGGUGGCGAUGGAUAUGGACAACUUGAGGAGCUGCGUAGCAUAGAAUGGGGAAGCUCCUUCUACUCCUGAGGGGAUAGGGAUAGGGACAGGCAAGAGGGGGCCACAGUUGUGGAAGACGUGCACAACUUGAGGAGCUGAUUAGCCGAGAUUGAUCUAAGAAGAGUUAGGGACUGCACAGUGGGUGUUUGAAAUAAUGGCUUACCCUGGACGUGACCUCUUAGUCGUCCAUUCAGUCCUAGUCAGUCAUGUUCCCCUCCUACAGACUGUUUGUUGUUAAGUGAGACUUUCUGUAUUUAUGGUCACAAUGCUUUCUGGGUAGUAGUGUUGUGUGAUUCACAGACAUCUGUUACCCUCACGCUCUGACAAUCAAACAGAUAGGCAAACGGACGUUAUUUUAAGCCAUGGACAAGUGUGUAUGUGUGGGUGUGUGUGCCUUUGUGCAUGCGUGCAUGUGAGAGAGACCGUGUGUCUGAAUGUGAGUGAGCGAUGUGCGAGUGUGGUCUCCAUCAUUGACACUUCCGUUGUGGUCUGGUGUUGUUAACCAUGGCUCCUACAUGACCUGUCACCCCUGUCCCUUGCCCACCCCUGGCCAGGAAAAACCCCUGGGCUGCCUAGACAGUACUACUCUAACACUAAGUCAAAACAACAAUGCUGAGCUUCUAUCAGUAUUCUAUUUAUCUGUUUUAAUUGUUUUUGUCUUUAUGAGAAGCCCCUUCAGUAGUCCCCAGAGGGUUCGAGAAAAGAGAGAGAGAGAGAGUGAAAAGAGAGGGAGUGUGUUAAAGGAGGGGGAGAAGGAGGGCAUAGCACUGGUUAUUAAUGAAGGCCCCUCAUAAAUGAUUCAUGUGUGUGUCGUCUCCACAGAGAGUGAGAGAGAGGUCUCUGAUCCACUGCCUGGCCUCUCCACUCUGGGCACGGCUAACCUGGCCUGCCUGUCUGCCUGUCUCUGGCUCCAUCCUCCCCUCCUCCCCACCUCUCCUCUUCCCCCGUCAGCCCUGCACUGAAUUUUUCAUCACAAGCCACCUGCUGCCUGCCACAGCCAAAGAACAGAACACAGUCGCAAGAGGCUGCUCCGGAGUGGAGGGCCACAUCACAGUUUCGCUCCACAAAGAAACAGAAAGAGAGACAAUCGGAAUACUGAUGCAAGAUUUCGGUUUAAUCGACCCAUCUUCCUUUGUUAAUAAAAAUAUGAAAUUGUGUUUGAGUGGUAGUUGCGUUCAGCUGCCGUAUAGCUGAGAACUAGUGAGUCACUCUCCUCUUGUAUAUAAUGGGCCUUUAAUGUGACGAUGCUCGGAUGUCUAUGAAAUGUACAGAAUGGUGGAGAUGAAUGCAACCGAACAAAGGAGAGUGUGGCGAACACACAAAAGGGGAAAAAAAAGAAAAUGACUGGCGUAUGUACUCUGUGUCGCCUCGUGGUAUACUAUAACAGAAGUGUCUGGCACCUCGCUGCUUUGGAGAUGUGCUUCAAUGUGUUCUCCCUACGCCAAGUACAGUCAUAUGAAAUGCAUUAGCUUCCAUUUGUGAGUUAACGCAGAUUGCGUCCCAAAUGGCACCCUAUUCCCUACAUAGUGCACUACUUUUGACCAGAUCCCUAUGGGUGAGCUAAAUAGUUUGAGUGCCAUUUGGGACUCAGGCCAUGGUGUGAGAGAGUGAACUCCCUGUAUCAGCUGUUGAACAUGUCUAACAUGGAAAUAAGAGUGUUAUGUCGUCUGCUCUGCAGUACUUUGCCAAUGUCUGCAGUCUGGUGGGAAUCUGUUGUCUGGUGUCCAUUGCUAGCCUGGGUCCAGAUCUGUUUGUGCUGUCUAGUUAACGUCUACGGUCAUCGUUGUUAACAAGGGUGUAGGAUGAAAUUCCCUCGGCCUAGUCGCUGAUCUUGGGUCAGUUUUGCAUUUCCCCCACUAAUGGUUAGGAUUGGGGGAGGGGAAAGCUGAUCCUCGAUCUGUACCUAGGGAAAACUCUAGCCCGGAUGCAAUUAACAAGACGGCACAAACAGACCUGGGACCAGGCUAGUUCAUGGCUAGGUUCAGAGGUCUAUAAUAAGUGCCUGAGGAGGGAAAACAAUGUGGUCAGAUCCUUUUUGUAGCUAACUGACACACCAUUACACCAAGUAUUUUUCACAUACCGUUUGAAUCUCUUCGGUACAGUAUGUCAUGAUUGUUUUGGGGUACUUUUGUUUCCCUGAAAAGCUUUCGUUGUUUGGUUCUAGUUUUUUACAGUGAAAGUUAAAAUAAGCCUCUGCAUAGGUGAUCAGUGUAUUUGUAUCCCGUCUGACUUCACAAUGCUGUAUGUAUGUAUCAUGACGUUUAAAGUAUAAAGCUAUUGUAAGCACAGUGCAAUUGUUUUUCAGACUUUGACCUGAUAUAUUUAGAAAUGUAUACAGACCUUGUUCCUGUACAUAUCACAUUUAAAAUAAAAGGAGGCUGGUUUCAACCUGUUUACAACUC